AUGAUAAGAGGCCAUCUCUCUCCAGUUGAUCGACACGUCAGCACCGGGGAGAGAUGGCCACGUGGCAGCUUCUCCGUUUUUCUCUUUUUCUUUUUGAUUUGUUUUUUCUUCCCGACUCUUCUUCUUCUUCGUCGAUUCCGGACUCUAAAUGUUUCGCUGAAUGUCGAAUCGUUUAUUGCUUCUACCUCUUGGACUCCACUUCAUCUAAUCACUCUCUUUUUCCAAUUUCUAAAAUUGUUUGCCGUUGCGUCGAUCACUCUCCAAGCUUCCACGAUCGGUUCUAAUUCACGAUUUGUUGGCCAAACGAAGCAGGAUGACAAUGAGGAUUCUGGAGAUGAGAAGGAGGGUGAAAAAGAGAUGAAUGAACUGAAAUCCAAGGCGAAAUCUGGAGAAUUUAACGAGCUUCAGACAGAGGAAGAGAUUAAGAAUGAGAAAAAGCUUGGUCAGAGUCUGAAGAGGAUUACGGCGACGAGGUAUCGGAAGAGGAAGAAGAGGAGGAUAUUGCUGUCUAUCGAGUGCGUCGAAGCUGUUUAUGAAGAGGAUGGACCAAAAAUUGUGUGGUAUGUUGCUUUCAACUUUAUGUAG